AUGCUUCCGCUGCACCUCUCGCUGCGUCGUACUCUACUUCUCUGCAUAUCAACUGGAUUUGCACCGCGCAAGCCCUGCUCAGAAAUCGCAGAGUGGCGCACACCGUUCGCAAUGAAAUCGCAGCACAGGAAGCUCCCCACCCCGACGCCAUCCGUCUCGACGGCGACGCUCCUCCUGCUCCCGCUCGCGCUCCUCGCCGCCGUGCUCAUGGUCGUGUACCCCAACGAGUUCGCCCUUCAGUCGUCGCUCGCCGGCGCCGGCUGCCCCGACGGCGCCAGCGUCGCGGCGCGCCACGUCGUCGCGCAGGCGGCCCCGGACUUCCGGCUGCUCAUGGGCGUGCUGACCCUGCCGAGCCGGUACGAGCGGCGGCACCUGCUCCGCACGGUGUACGCGCUCCAGCAGCCGAACCUGACGGCGCGCGUCGACGUCCGCUUCUUCUUCUGCCGGAUCGAGUCGGAGGAGCAGCGCCUGCUGGUGGCGCUGGAGGCGAUGCGGUACGGCGACGUGGUGGAGCUGGACUGCCCGGAGAACAUGGACAACGGCAAGACGCACUCCUACUUCUCCAGCGUGCCGGCGCUCUUCGGCGCCGAGGCCUACGACUUCGUGAUGAAGGCCGACGACGACACCUUCUUCCGGCUGCCGCAGCUGGCGGAGUCGCUCGGCCGCGCGCCCAGGGAAGACCUCUACUACGGCUGCAUGGUGCCGUGCGACUACGUGCGCGGGUGGAACGAGUACAUGUCCGGCAUGGGGUACGUCAUCUCGUGGGACCUCGUGGAGUGGAUCGUGGCGGCGGCGGACCGGAUCAGGAACCACACGGCCGGGCCGGAGGACAGGACGCUCUACUCCUGGUUCAGCGGCGCCGGGAAGGCCAAGAACCGGGUGGACGUGAAGCCGGCCAUGUACGACUUCCCGCAGCGAGGCGCCCCCUGCGCCCACGAGCUCGUGCCGGACACCAUCGCCGUGCACCGGCUCAAGAACAACUUCAGGUGGUCCACCACGCUCAAGUACUUCAACUUCACCGCCGGGCUCCAGCCCUCCAAGUUCUAUCGCGUCGUUUGAUGGAACGAUCGAGAGGCUGAUCUUGUGUACGUAGCAUUUUGAAUUUCAUUUUAUUUGCACGAGUCAACGGCCUGUAAAGUUGAUUUUUUUCCUUCAUUAUUUCUAAAAAGGGCCAUGCUACGGCGUGCGCUGUAGCUAUCAAAUUCCGACCAAG